AUGCACAAGAUGGGGAGGGCAGGGUAGGGGAGAGGAGAUGGGGAAAUGGGGCAGUGAGUGAAAGGGAAAUUCAUUAGAAGAAGAAGAGGGACUGUAAAUCUGGCUAAUGCUAACUUGCUGAACUCCAAGCAGGAGAGAUGGCCGAGAAACAGCCCAAGAGAAAAAGGUCAGAUGAAUAUAAAAUGAAAAAGAAGUGGUAUGAUCAGGCAAGGGCUAGGAGCUGCGUAAACAUCGGAGAGGCUUUCCAGCGGUGGACAGACCUGCCAGAGCUGAAAGGCCUGAAGACGGAUGCGGAGGUUGACCUCUUUCUGCUUGUUGGUGUUGCAGGUAACAGCCUGGUCCUGUGCAUCACCUGCCAGAAGAAACAGAAGAUAAACUCAACAACGAUCUAUCUGAUCAACCUGGCCAUAUCUGACACACUCUUCACCAUGGCUCUGCCUGGCAGGAUCACUUACUAUAUCCGUAGAUUCGACUGGCCUUUUGGAGAUUAUUUAUGCAGGCUGACCGCCAUGAUCUUCUACAGCAAUACGUAUGCUGGCAUUGCCUUCAUGACUUGUAUCAGUGUGGAUCGCUACUUGGCCAUGUUGCACCGUCAACGAUGUCAAAGACUCAGGAAAACCAAGGUGGUGCAAGGUAUCUGUGCUCUGGUAUGGGUGAUGGUUCUCCUUGAGACAUCCCCACUGCUCUUCAAGAGCACUAUGGGAGAAGAAGACGGUCAUCGAACAUGCAUGGAGUUCUCCAAUUUUGAUGGACAAAAGAUGGCAUAUGGUCUUCUAUUUGCUUGCGUCAUUGGGUUUUGUGUGCCCUUGGGACUUAUCCUGUGCUGCUACAGCCAGGUCAAUUCCAAACUCUCCAGAGCGGCCAAGGAGAACCCGAUGACCAACAGGUCAGGAAGUAACAGCAGGGCCAAAAACAUGAUCCUACUCAUUCUGCUGAGCUUUGUGGUGUGCUUUAGCCCCUACCACAUAAACAUUAUGCAGUUUUUAGUAAGAAAGCUGUUCUAUGAGCCCUCUUGUGAGGAUUUAAAGACUUUAAAAAUGUCCCUGCAGGUAACCGUUGCCAUGAUGAACUUUAACUGCUGCCUUGAUCCUGUUAUUUACUUCUUUGCCAUCAAAACGUAUAAGCAGAGAGUGAUGAGUCUUUUUAAGAGCUACAUUUCUACUUCAGCUUCCUCAAAGAGCAUGCAGGAGAACAGCAGCAGUAACACUUGAGAGCCAGUUGUACUCAAAUGAAGAAAACCCUGAUGGUGCAAAACGCUGAGAAGAUGUCCACACAUUUGGGAAGAUGAGCUUGGAUUGUCGUUGUUGGCUGCAGAGACUAGAGAGCAAAAUACUUUUUUUUUUUUUUUUUAAGCAAAUUUAAAUAUCUCACUAUUAAUGGUCUUUAAACUCAUGCUAUUUUAUUUGUUGUGGAUUUUUGGCAAAAUGUUGUGCAGAAUUUAUCAAGAUCACUGACAUUGUGUUGUCUGAUUGACUUUUAGUUUGUGCAGUAUAGGAGCAUAUGAAUAUAUAUUACUUAUAACUUUUUGUGACUCAUAUACAUGUGUAACUGACCACUGUUCCUUUUUUUAUGUAAUAUAAUUCUUUCCAUGGUUUAAAGGAAACAGUUUGAAUUUAUUAGUACAAAUAUAUAAAUAUAUAAAAUUAUAAAUAUACAAUAAGCAUAUAUACAUAUAUUUCUCUUUGAUCUUAAAAUAGGGCUAACUGUUGAUGUUAAAUGACAUUCAGAGACAUAAGAAUAAUUCAUUAUGUGGAAAAAGUCCCACAUAAAGGUCAAGGAGGCUAGAAAGCAGUUGACAAUUCUGAGUAAGCAUGAAUGAUCAUGUAGAUGUUUGAUAAUACCUAUUAACAUUUCUGCACGCUAAUGUGUAAAUACUGAGAUGUGCUCUACUGAAACCUCUUAAAAUGUCUAUUUUCCAUUUGGGAAUUAAAUGAUUAUGUAUAUAUCAGUUUAUAGAUUUAUAGACUUAUUGUGACUUUUACUCACUGAA